AUGGGCUGUCGUUCAGGAGGUGCAGAAACAGGACCCGGGUGUCUUGGUCAUGACGUAUCUCGCAGCAGCACCUACGGGAGGCAGCGGCAAGAGCUGCGGCAGGAUAUGGAAGGAGGCUGCUGCAGCUGUUGCUACCUGGAUGUGGGCCCCACGGACAUGCAUGCAUUGGCAGAGGCGUGCAGCGAGGCGGUGGCUCAGCGGGGGGCGGCAAAUACCCUUUCGGGUUGGCUCUCGCACUGCCUUCCGCUGCACGAAGGCCUCGAGCUGCUCCAGCAACUGCACAAGCAGCAGCACCUGCAGCAACAGCAACAGUUGCAGCAGCUACGCCAGCCGCAGCACAACGUGGACAAAAGAGCAUCUCUGCAAUGCUGCCCUUCCGCGUUGAUGCAACAGCGGCUUCUGCUGCAGCAUGGGGCUGGCGAGGAGGCCCUUGCGCUUGCGACCGAAGUGGAGCUAACAGCAGCAGCAGCGGCAGCUGCCGCUGCGUCUACUGCCGGGCCGUGCGGCUCGUCAGAACUGAUGAAGGCAGCAACGCGGGCCACAGUGCCUGCUUGGCUCUCCCUCGGGCUGCAGGGCGUCGCGUCUGCUGCUGCAGCAGGUCUGCUGCCUGUAGCGACCCACAGCCUGCAGCUGUUACCCGGCAGAGGCAACGACAACGACAGCGGCAGCUGCAGCGGAGUCGCGGUACUCGAGAAGCAGAAGGCGCUUUCGCUGCUGCAGCAAAUCAACAUGAAUGUAUUCAACGUGUUGCUGCACCUAGGCCGCUUGGACGAGGCUGCCGUUGCUGCAGGGAAUAUGGUUCAAGGGAGCGGCAGCAGCGGUGCUGCAAGCUCGCAUGCAUUGGCCGCAGCACUCCUGCAGCUGGGCAAGCACAACUACGUUGCUGCACUGCAGCUGCUGUUGAUCGCCUUGAGGCAUGCAGCGCAGCUGCUGCAGUACACACUUGCCCCGGAAGAGGCAGCAGCUGCAACAAAUACAGCAGUAGCAAACCCAACAGCAGGUGCUUCAGGGUUUUAUUCUGCUGUGUCAGCUACGACGAGCCAAAGAGCUGCUGCGGCAGUUGCUGCUGCGGGUGGGUGGGUGCCUCCAGCGGUAGCCCUAACAGAAGCGACAGCAGCGAGCGUAUCAGCGGGAGCCUCUGGAGGAAGGUUUCCGCUGCUCUCGGGCAGCUCCAGCUGGCCUGCGCUGCUGUCUCUGAAUGCUGUGGGGACAAUCUCUUUGCACCUAGCUCUGCUACUACACAGCCAGCCUCAGCUCGUAGGCCAGCUAGCUGCUGACCCCACCCAUUUGCUGCACGCACUGAGGUCAGCUAUACGCCGCGUGCACUUCUUCGCUACUGCACAGCCGUUGCAGCAGCAACAGGAGAGACAGCAGCAACAGGAACGACGGCAGCAACGGGAACAGCAGCGGCAACAGGAAUGGGCAACGCAGCCAAUGCUGCAGCAGCAAGAGCAGGAAACUCCCUCUCAGCAGGGAAUGCCAGAAUCCGUCAGACAGAUGGAGGACACUGGGGGGCGUCCUCAGCACUGCUUAAAUGCUCCCCACCAGCACCAACAGCAGUAUCAGCGCCAUGGGGACACGUCUAAUAUCUCUGCAGGGGCUCAGCCAUCGUCAGCAGCAGCAUCACCACCGGAAAGUGGGACAGCCGUCCCAGACAACUGCGCCCCCGCCGACAAUGCAGCACGCCGCACCAGCAGUAGCAACAUCAGCAACUUUCGUAGCAGUUGGCCUUCACGGCCUCCUGUGGAAACAUGCCGAAACCAGCCGGCAGCUGUUGCCGCUGCAGCGGCUCAGGCAGCUGAUUCUGCUGCUGCGGCAGCAGCUGCUGGUUUGCUGCUAGCGGGCUCAGGAGUGGGGGAGCCUUUCCGUCUAACGAGUAAUCAGUGGCCUUUGGACUGUAUGGACAGCUACAGGGCAGCAGGGGCCUUGUUUCAGCAACAGCAGCACCAACGACGCCGCCUUCACACCACACCGUUGGUUUUUGGGGUCAACUCUGCAGCAGCGGAGGGUGCUUCCUCUGCAGCAGCAGGAGCCGAACAAACAGAUGGAAGGACCUUUCGCCUUGAAGUGCCGCAUGCAGACGUCUCUGCUGUCCAGCAGAAGCUUCUGCAGCGCCGUCUGUCGAGGGCGACUGCAGCAACACCAGAAGCAGCGGCUGCAGCUGCUGCAGAAGAGGCUGUCUCAUGCUUUUUUGAAAUUGGAGAUGUGUGCGCCCGCCUUAUGGGUGCUCUGUGCUCUUCCUUCAACUCCUUAAGAAGCAGAAGCAGCAGAAGCGACAGCAUCAACAAUAUACCUGGUGACCCUCUAAAAUACACCUGCGGGGGCCGGCAGCAACAGCAUCAGCUCUGUGCUGAGCUUCGAAACAAGGUGUUGCUGCUGCGGUGCUAUGUGAUGGUCGGAAGCUGUUGGGGAAUGCAGCAGCAGCCUCCUGCAGCAGCAGAAGUGCAACUGAGGCUGCUGCUGCUGCAGUUGCUGCGCCGCACAGUGAGCCUGUUUGGCUGGCAGAUCUCUUCCCAUGGCGACCGGCGAGCUAGCUGGAGAACAGACAGUAGGAUAUCGACCUGUGGCAGAAGCUGCUCCUACUGCAGCAGCUGCAGCAGGAGCGCUCUUAUGACGCUACUCACCGAUCCGGCCACGCUCGGGGAUGCAACACAUACAGCGACAAAUGCCGACACAACUGCUGCAGCUCUUCUUCUGCUGCUCCAGGUAGCCCACAGCUGCCCACGCGUGCUACCUGUUGGGACGCUGCGUUCUGCGCAGUCUCUGUAUGCUCCUGAGAGCAACUGGCGCAGCUUCUGUCCCUUUCUCGCUGCAGCGCACGCUGCAGCAGCAGCGGCAGCAGCAGCUUACCGCUGGAGGAAGCGGGGGCCUCCAAUGCAGCUCGUUGAUAAAGCGGCUCGAGGUGCCGAAGCAGCAACAGACAAGCUAUAUAGGCAGCUUUUGCGGCUGCACAAAGCUGCAGCAGAUGGAGAGCUAGUCCUGACUCUGGCUGCCGCCGCUGCUGCGGCGAGUGAAAGCCGAGGAUGUGUCUUGUCCUCUGCGUCUUGGGGGCUUACACAUGUGCUUUCUGGUGCUGCCACGACACCGGCAGCUGCAAGGGCGUUGCUGCUGCAACAUUCCAUGUUACUGGCUGCCUCUGCCGGUCAGCAGUUGCCGUUGCUCCACAUGCAGCAACUGCUUCGCUGCUGUUGCUGUACCGAGGGACCCUUGCAACAGCCGUUGGCGCUUGCUGUUGCAGCAACCGGAGCAGACUCGCCAAGCUGUGCCUGCUUUCAGCGGACGCCCCACAGGGAGUUCACGUUGCUUUUGCAGUUGGACAUACAGCUGGAUGCAGUUGCGGCGAUGGGGGCGAGCAGCAGAAACAUCAGUCCUGCUGGAUUGGAACUGUUACAGCACCUGCAGCGGGAAGCUGCAGCUGCUUUGCUGUUGCAGAAACCUGUCCUGUACAUGUACCUCCAGCUCCGUGUCGCGAUGGUAGAGUUGCUGCUGCGCCGUGUCUACAGGACCAUACAGUUGCUGCCAUUGCUACAGCAGCUGAUGCAUCAACAUCACUUGGCUCAAUGCAGGUCUCCGGAGGUCGUGGCUGAAUUGUCUUACAUAAAGGCAAUGUGCUGCUGCCACCUUGGCUCGUUGUUAAUACGGCAGCAACAAGGUGCAGUAGCAGUAUUGACAGAGCCACCGUCAGGCGGCCCUUCAUUGGAAAGGGAGCCACAGCUACAGCUGCAUCAGCAAGACUCCCUACCAAGCAUCGCCAAGCUGGUGUUUACAGAAACGGUGGAUACAGGUGGGGUCAAAGCCGCCUGCAGUCUUGCACCAGGAGAGCGUGGAGCGCCAUCUGCAGGGCGCAGGACAGCGCCAACGGGAAGCCUGGCUACUGCCGGGGAGGUGCUGUUGCAUGCAGCAGCAGCCCAUGCAGAAGUUGCGAUGGCUGAAUGGGAUACUGGAGAGCAAGCCGUUGGUCUACGCAGGGGCAACUUUCAGCGAAAGAGGCGCAGGGACAUGCUGGUGGCUUGUCUUGCAUCCGCAGCCUUGAGACUGCAGCAGGCAGAAUGUGAAGCAGCAUCUGGUGAGACUGAGAAGUCUUCAGCAGCAAGGCGGCGGGAGAAGAUAGAAGGCUUCAGGCGUGAGUUUGUCGACCUCCGUGCCGCACUUCUGGACGUGGAUGCUGUUGGCCCGCCACUGCAUGAACAGCAGCCGCAGCAGCAGCAGUUAUCUGGCGGCCGUGCGAAGAAAGAAAGCCGUGGGCGUUGCCUGUUCAACGGAAAUGAAGCAGAAGCCAACGACGAAGCACUCUCUUGGCGUCAUCGGGACAGCAAGUUAAAGCGGCAAAGGGUUAGCGUAGACGAGCGCGAACUGCGGGUUGGUGACAUUGGAAGAGUAGCUCUAGCCACGCUGCGUGGUAAUGAGGCUGCUGUCUGCCCGCUAAGACAUGUGCACUGA